CGAGGGAGGAAGGCAGCAGACCCUCUCUCUCUUUCUUUUGCUCACACACACACACACACACACACUCAUACACGUUCGCACCAGCUGUGCUGUUGUCAGUCUUGGAAUGUAAGCACAGCCGUGAGGAGUCAGAUUCUCCGCCACUAAGCACCGCUCUGGAGUAGGAACACAGCACCGCGCUCUCAGUGACACAGAUGGAUGCUAAGCUGUGAAAUCAAAGGGAUCUAAGGACAUCAAAGAGGGGAAUACAAUGCCUGUUCUGAUGACACUGCCUUUCAGUGUUCAUCCCAUCACAAGCUCAUUACCAUAAUUCAGACAUUACCCAGGACAUUUGCCAUCUGAUUGGGUACCAUGAUAACCAAUCAGGUUCUGCUCCUGCUGAUGCUCUCCAUCCUGUGGCCCACUGUGGCCCUGCCGUUCACACCUGGGAAUAUUGGGAAUCUGUUUGGGAUGACGGAGAGUGACGGGAGGAUUCUACAGCGCUCCAAGCGAGGAUGGAUGUGGAAUCAAUUCUUUCUGCUCGAGGAGUACGCAGGAAACGACCAUCAAUACGUUGGCAAGCUGCACUCAAACAUGGACAAAGGCGACGGGAACGUGAAGUACGUCCUGACCGGAGACGGCGCCGGCACCUUGUUCUUGAUUGAUGAGAAGUCCGGGGACAUCCACGCCACCAAGAGGCUGGACAGGGAGGAGAAGGCCAUGUACACGCUGCACGCCAAGGUUCUGGACAGGAACACCAACACCGAGCUGGAGCCCGACACGGAAUUCAACAUCAAAAUCCACGACAUCAACGACAAUGCACCCAAGUUUGCCAGGGAAAUCUACUUCGCCAGCGUCCCUGAAAUGUCUGAAGUCGGUACGUCUGUCGCCACAGUAACUGCCAGUGAUGCCGACGAUCAAACGUACGGGAACAGCGCCAAGCUUGUGUACAGCAUCCUACAGGGACAGCCGUAUUUCUCUGUGGACUCGGAGAACGGCACCAUCAAGACGGCGCUGCCCGGCAUGGACCGAGAGGUGAAGGAGAACUACCAGGUGGUGAUCCAGGCCAAAGACAUGGCCGGACAGAUGGGCGGCCUGUCCGGAACCACCACGGUCAGCAUCACCCUGUCCGACGUCAACGACAGCCCGCCGCGCUUUGCUAACCAUUCCUUCAGAGUGACGGCAGUGGAGGCCACGGAGAUCGGAGGCGCCAUAGGUCACAUCAAGGCCGACGAUCCAGACAUCGGCCGCAAUGCCGAGAUGGAGUACAGCAUCGUUGGCGGCCAUGACACGUUCAAAAUCAUCACCGACCAGACCACGCAGGAGGGAGUGAUCAUCAUCAAGAAGGCACUGGAUUAUGAGAAUAAGAGGGACUACGAGUUUAAAGUGGAGGUGAAAAACACCUACUUGGACGCCCGGUUCAUCCACGGUUUACAGUUCAAAGACUACGCCACCGUCAGGGUGACGGUGGAGGACGUGGACGAGCCGCCUGUCUUCUCCAGGAACCCGUACGUCAUCGAGGUGCACGAGGACACGGCCGCCGGCAGCUUCGUGGGCGUGGUGUCGGCCCGCGACCCGGACGCCGACAGCAAGCCGGUCAAAUACUCCAUUGAUCGGCACACGGAUCUCGAUAGGCUGUUUAACAUUGACGCCGUAAACGGCACCAUCACGACGCUCAAAGCGCUGGAUCGAGAGAUGUCCAAAUGGCACAACAUCUCCGUGGUGGCGACUGAAAUCAAUAACCCCCGUCAGACGACGCGCGUGCCCGUCUUCAUCAAGGUGCUGGACGUCAACGACAACGCCCCCGAGUUUGCCAUGUCCUACGACACCUUCGUGUGCGAGAACGUCAAGGCCGGACAGCUGAUUCAGACCAUCAGCGCCGUGGACACGGACGAGCCGCAGGUCGGACACAAGUUCGUCUUCAGUAUAAACCCCAGCAACCCAAACUUCACCAUCGUUGACCGCGAAGGUACUUUAGCACCAGAUCAGCUGAUUGGUUCAUCCCUCAGGAACGUUCCAGUUUGUGACGAUGCUAACGAUGUUCCUGCAGACAACACAGCCAACAUCGUGACACGGAGGGGGGGCUUCAGCCGGCGCGAGAUGAGCAUGUACUUCCUGCCCGUGGUCAUCUCGGACAAUGACUUCCCCAUCCAGAGCAGCACUAGCACGCUGAUCGUGCGCGUGUGCGCCUGCGACAGCCGUGGCAACAUGCAGUCGUGCAACCCGGAGGUGCUGCCCUUCUCAGACGGCCUCACCACCGGCGCCCUGGUGGCCAUCCUGCUGUGUGUCAUCAUCCUCCUCAUGAUCGUGGUGCUGUUCGCUGCGCUGAGGAGGCAGCGGAAGAAGGAGCCUCUGAUCAUCUCCAAGGAGGACGUGAGGGACAACGUCGUCAGCUACAACGACGAGGGCGGCGGAGAGGAGGACACGCAGGCCUUUGAUAUCGGCACGUUACGCAACCCAGAGGUGAUGGAUGCUAACAAGCUGCGCAGGGACAUCAUACCCGAAAUGCUGUUUCCCUUUCGGAGGACGUCACCUAUAAAGGAUAACACGGACGUGAGAGACUUCAUCACCGGGAGGCUUCAGGAGAACGACUCGGACCCCACGGCGCCUCCGUACGACUCCCUGGCCACCUACGCCUACGAGGGCAGCGGGUCCCUGGCAGAGUCCCUCAGUUCACUGGAGUCCGCCGCCACAGAGGGGGACCAGGACUACGAUUACCUCAGCAACUGGGGACCCCAGUUCAAGAAGCUGGCAGAGAUGUACAUAGGGAAGGGCGCCGACAGGGAGACCUAGGCGCAGCCAGGCCGGCCUCUUCUGCUGGUGAUCUCCUUAACUAGCCACUAGUUGCCAGCUAGCGCUGGGCGACCCCCCCCUCAGACACGGCCUUCUGAUGCGGAUCCAGACUCGAACUGUGUUGAAUCUCCUCAUUAACGGAGACACAAUAGAAUUACUGUUUUUGGUCAUAAUCAGUACAGAUGCCUUUGAAGUUUAGGGUUUUUUGUGAACUAUGGUGUGGACUGUGCGUUUUGUAAUUGACCUGAGCGAUAGUAGUAUUGUAUACUAUCAGUGUUUAAUGGGAGCCAGGGACGAUCUCCAUGGAAUACUGUAAAUGUUUUUAACGAUGGACAUCCUAUAUCCUAUUUGCUAUAUCUGUUUGACGAGCAAUGUUCAUGUGAGUGGUUGGUGCAGGUGAUUUGUCAAACUGUGAAUUCAUUUCAUCAUGUAGGUGUAAUAUGUACUGGAAAGUGUAUGUUGUAGGAAACCGUCAUACACUGAACUCAUGCUGUUUGAAUGCUGGCUCAUAUUGUUUUAUAUUUAUAUUUUUAUACUUAUUUUUCUAAUAAAAUUAUGUAAAAAUUG